AUGGCGUACCCGACACCACCGCCACUGGUGCCUACUGCACACCCGACACUCGCACCAGCAGUAGCAGUUGCUCCACAUCCGGUACCACCACCUACCGUACCUCCAGCCGCACCCACCUAUAUUAACCCUACAAUGCCACCAGCGGCACCUGCCCCCGCUUAUGCAGCAGCACCGGGGUUACCUCCCCUAGCCUAUCUAGCGGUACCACUUGUAGUACCAGCUACAGUGGUUCCGCCAAUUCCCGUAGCAGUCCCUACUCACCUGAUUGAUAUAGUUGCGGCACGAGCUCAGAUCCCAACUUUGGCAGAGUCGAUGAAAAGUCGAUUCGCCCUCUUCCGCGGAGAGACUGAUUCGAGUGUGGCCUAG